AUGCCGAGCAUCAAUGUGAUAGGAGAAAUUCCACGACCGCCAGAAGUUGAUCAAUUGGAAAUUGUUCAGAAACUUCGCAAAGAAGUCGAACAGCUCAAGGAAGAACAGAGAAAGACCAUGGAAGUGAUGUCAGAAAGGGAGAAGGACCACAAACAUGACAAUGACGAUGAGCGAGUAGCCGAAUUACAAUCCAAGAUGGAUCUUGUACAAAAGUUGGAAAACGCUCAUGCUGACGAACGCGAGGAAUAUAUUGCCGCCGCUACUGCCCGACUUGAAGUUGGAGAAAUUACAGACUGA